AUGAAGGACGGGUUGUGUAAGAACCUAUACCCGAGGCUAUUCAACAGUACCACCAUCCAAGGGAAGGAUUCUUAUCCUGUAUAUCAUCGACGGGACAACGGUCGCAGUGCUCAUGUCCGAGGUCAGACGCUGGAUAAUAGAUGGGUCGUGCCGUACAACCCUUACCUCCUCCAUAUGUUCAACUUCCACAUUAACAUCGAGGUGUGCUUCAGCAUCAAGGCAGUCAAAUAUAUUUACAAGUACAUCUACAAGGGAGGAGACCGAACGUCGAUGAAUUUUGAGCAGCCUGACAGCGACGGAAACAUUGACGAGAUCAAGAGAUAUAUUGACGUGAGGUGGGUUACUCCACCAGAAGCUUUGUGGAGGAUCUUUGGCUUCAACCUGUACGAUAACUCGCCAUCAGUCCUACAGCUGCCGCUUCAUCUUCCGGGUAUGCAUAUGGUAUCGUUCAACGCGAAGGAGGAUCUUAGAGACGUAGUCGAGCGGGAGAAGGCAUCAAAAUCAAUGCUCACGGAGUAUUUUGAGGCCAACCAAACACACGAGUGUGCAAGAACCAUACUAUAG